UCGGACAAGUUCAGGAUGUUCUUUAAGACGCUUCUCUUGCUAAUGGCAGCUAAUGUCCUUUCGGCAGGACACAUUGGCCAUCCUGAAAAUCGUAUCAUUGGAGGAAGUAAUACAGCUAUCGAGGCAGCUCCUUGGCAGGUUUUUUUACAAAAACUUGAAAGAGGUUGGAUUUCUGAUUGUGGUGGUUCACUAAUAAGACCCGACAUCGUGUUAACAGCCGGCCAUUGUGUAAUUUCUAAUGGACCAGCAGAAUUUUCUGUUCGAGUUGGUUCUUCAAACAAAAACAAAGGAGGACAACUUUUCACCGUUGCGAAGAUUGUGGUACACCCAGAUUAUAAAAUAGACAAUACGCCUAUUUUUCUCAACGACAUUGCCUUGGUGAGAUUAAGCAAUCCCGUUAAAAUUGGUCCUACAGCUCAAACUAUUGCACUGGCUACGCACGCACCUCCUGCUGGAGCCCAGGCCUUGAUCACCGGAUGGGGAAGGAUCUUGCAUUUUGUGACAGAGGGUCCUAUCAUAUUGCAAGGAAUUAAUGUAACCAUUGUGCCCUCCGAUGAAUGCACCAUAUUUCCAUGGAUUAAUGAGAAAAUCAUAUGCGCCGGAUCAAAGGGGAAAACAACAUGCGAUGGCGAUUCCGGAGGAGCUUUGGUUGUAAAUAAUCAGGUGGUGGGUGUGGUUUCUGCUGGGGUUCGAACAUGUGAUACUCCAACAAUCUAUGUCAACGUUCCCUACUACCAUCAGUGGAUUUUAGGAGCAAUUAAAGAAUUAUAUUUAUAAAUAUAAAAAGAAUAAAUAAAUGCCCCCUUAAAGGGAUGAGGAGGAUCCUCUUCAAAUGAGUA